AUGCUCGUCGACAAUGCCGCGUGGUUCGACUACACCAACUACUCGACCACGGCCGCCCUCUUCCGUCGCCCCAUACGACUGCUGUCCCUGCUCGGCGGCAUUGCCAUCUUCUACAUCCUCGUGAUAUUCGUACCCAAGGCGCCCGAGACGCUAUAUGGCUUCAAAUACGUCAAGAGCAGCUAUGACUGGUCCGCGCUGCCCCAGGCGCAUCCCGUCGCCGAGUUGACUCCACUACCGACCGGCACGCCGCGAUCCAUACCUCAGGUUCAGUACGACUUCGCUACCCACUACCGGCCGAAUAGCACGAGGCUCGAUGUGCUCGCGGAAAGGCGUCAAGCCGUCAAGGACGCCUGCCGGAAGAGCUGGGACAGCUACAAGAAGUACGCAUGGAUGAAGGACGAGCUCAAGCCAGUCUCCGGCGGAAGCAAGACAACGCUGGCCGGUUGGGCAGCGACCUUGGUGGACUCGCUGGACACGUUGUGGAUUAUGGAUAUGAAGGACGACUUCUACGAAGCCACGGCGGCUGCGGUGACCAUCGACUGGGAAACUAACGAGACCUCGUUCAACACGUUCGAGACUACAAUUCGGCAUCUGGGGGGUCUGCUAGCUGCUUACGACCUCAGUAAGGAGAGAACAUUGUUACAAAAGGCCAUUGAGCUUGGAGACAUGCUAUACGCCGGGUUCGACACGCCGAACCGGAUGCCGGUGUUCUGGAUGGACUUCAACCAAGCCAAACGUGGCAAGCUCCAGCCCAAUGUGCACGAUCCGACCUCGUCGGUGACUUCCUCCGGGCCAGAGUUUACGAGGCUGGCGCAGUUGACGGGCGACAGUAAAUAUUACGAUGCAAUUGACCGAGUUGCACGCUUCCUCCAGCGGACCCAGAACACAACCAAGGUGCCUGGCCUGUGGCCGACUUUUCUGGACAUGGAGUUCGGGGACCUGACGCUGGAGAACGAUUUCACCCUCGGCGCACUUGCAGACUCGACGUACGAAUACCUCGCCAAGAUGCAUGUGAUAGUAGGAGGGCUAGAGCCCAUGUACGAGACUAUGUAUCGCCAAGCCAUGGCCACCGUCAUUGAUAACCUCCUGUUUCGACCGAUGUUGCCCGAACAAGAUGAUAUACUCUUUACCGGCGACCUCUCCGUCGACGCUGCGACUGGCGAGAAGACGCUCCCAGGUGACAGCCAGCACCUCGCAUGCUUUGCCGGUGGUCUAUUCGGACUUGGCGGUAAGAUAUUCGGCAUCCAGGAGCACGUCGACAUCGGGGGGAAGAUCGCCAAGGGCUGUGCCUGGGCGUACGACGCCAUGCCCACCGGCGUCAUGCCCGAGCUCUUCAGCCUGUUCCCGUGCACCAGCCUCGACGGGUGCGCCUGGGACGAGGACAAGUGGGAGCUCAAGGGCAACGCGACGCUGGCCCGGGGGUUCCAGAACGUGGACGACGCCCGGUACCUGCUGCGGCCCGAGGCGAUAGAGAGCAUCUUCGUCAUGUACCGCAUCACCGGGGACGAGCAGUACCAGGAGACGGCCUGGCGCAUGUUCCAGAGCAUCCGCAACGCCACCGAGACGGACCUCGCCUUCUCGUCCAUCAGCGCCGUCACGACGGCCGGCGGGACGGCAAAGAUCGACUCCAUGGAGAGCUUCUGGACCGCCGAGACGCUGAAGUACUUUUAUUUGGUAUUCGCACCGCCAGACCUUAUCAGCCUGGACCAGUAUGUCCUGAACACAGAGGCACAUCCGCUGUUGCGCCCGACUGGGGCUACUGGAUCAUGA